CGGGGACCCGCCUUCGCCGCCCGCAGCUAAGAUGGCGGCGUACGAGAAGCGGCGGGCGGCCGUCGCCCCGGCCCCGGCCCCGGCGGCAGGCAGCGGCCCGGCGGAGCCGCUCGGCGCGGCGGCGGGCGGCGGGCCGGGGGGCGAGGCGGAGUUCCUGCUGCGGAGCGGCGUCACCGCCAUGGUGCGGGAGGCGCUGCUGAAGGUGCUGGAGGCGCGGCCCGAGGAGCCGGUCUCCUUCCUGGCCGACUACUUCGAGCGGCUGGUGUUGGGCGGCCCCGGGGCGGCCGAGGCGGCCGCGGAGCUCCCGGCGCCGCCGCAGCGCCUGGCCCGGGCGCUGUGGUACGUGCGCCUGGCCCACCACUCCCACAGGACGGCGUUCAACAACAACAUCAGCACGGCCUACGAGGUGCUGGGCGCCAGCGGGCGGCGGCGGCGGCCGGGCGUGGACGGGCGGCUGUACAGCGAGCUGCUGCGGCGCAUCUGCCAGCUCGGGGCCGCGCCGCAGGAGGUGGCGGCUGCGCUGCUGCGCAGGGUGCAGUGCCGGGACCACGAGGCCGUGCCCUUCGACGUCUUCCGCUACGGCGUGCUCACCUGCUUCGUGCUGCUGGAGUUCGUGGCCAAGGCGCACACCCUGUACGACGUCCUGGAUGGCGGCACGGGCACGGCGGACAAGAGGGUCUGCCAGGCCGUCCUGCACACGCUGGAGGAGGCGCUGGGAGGCAGCGACUUCUCGGUGCCCGUGCGGUACCUGGAGGCGGGCUCCAAGCUGGGGCCGGACUGCUUGGCCUUGGCCAUGGACCGGGCACUGCAGGAGAGGAAAAUGAGCGCCUCCAUGAGCAGGGAGGAGUUCCUGAAGAAAGCCACGGCCUUAUUUGUUGCAAAAGUGAAGCCUGUUGACUAAUGUCCAGGUGGGAACAACACUCGCUGCUUCCAGUUCUAAUUCCCUAAGUGCAGCUUAUGGGAGCCUUCAGUCCCUGGAACCGAGCCGGGCAGUGAGGCAUGGGUGGGCUUGUCGGGCACUGCCUGAUGAGCCCUGGGUGUGCUUGAUGAGAGACUGCUCAUUCCCAUGCUCCUUUCCUUGUUCUGAGUACUACAAGUGCCCACUCACCUCUGGCACUUGGUGGUUACGUGUUUACCGAACCGCCUCAGCUUCUGCAGCCCAGACGCUGAAGAUGAAGGCUCACACUUGGUGACUGGUCCAGCAGAGCUGCAGAGCGCUACAGGCCGGUGACAGCCUGGGGCUGAGCAUCCCCCGUUCCCUUCCCUCGGGGGUCCCUCGGUUGUUGAGCAGACGCGUGUGGAGCCGUGUGUUAUUUAUUUGCACCCGCCUGUGUUAAUUACUGAUACCGUGCAAUUAUGGGAUUACUGUAAGACAUUAAAGCUUUUUAUUUCUUUGA